AUGACUGACAAUGAGAGUUCCGUAGCAGAUGAUGAAGGAUUUGUGUGUGAUUGUGUUGCAUCGAAAAUUCAGAAAGCGCUUCCUGGCACUCCGGGACAACGCACAGGAUACAUUCCUUACAAAGCAGUUUAUGAUACACAAGAGCAGGCACGUCGUCGUGGCUAUUGGAUUCCUGGCCUUCCAGUUAAGGCGAAAAUCACGAAGGUGGAAAAGGAUACAAAAUCCGGCAUUCAUUUGAUCAAUGCUUAUUUAUAUACAAUCGAAUUGGAGCAUGGUACAUUCAAAUGGAGUGUGGUGAAGCGGAAUAAAGACUUUGCAGUGUUGGCUGCGAGGCUUAUGACACACAGAGCCGCUGAACGAAUUCGUGCUCCAGCUGAAUUUUUGGAAGUUUCACGAUAUUCAUUUAUCAGUGAAGUGGGUGGUAAAUACACGGAGGGAUUUGUUAAGAAACGAUCCCGUGGAACUUGGAAGAGCUUUUGUGUUCCACAUUGCCUUCGAUGGUCAAAAGGAUGGCUUAUUCUUAAAGUAUUAGGUAAGCUUAUUAGGGGAAGGGCCAAGUCUAAUUCUGAGACUGUUCGAAAUUCGUUGGGCAANGUGACUUUCGAACUUCAGGAUACAUCAGUGUGUUAUAUGGAUGCGCGAACCGAGCAGAUUCGUUUUAUUUUAUUAUUCGAUCGUACUUUUGAAGUUUCUGCGGGACUCGCCAGAACUGAAGGACAUCCAUCAGGAUUGACGAUCACUAAUCAACAACGGUCAAUAUCUAUUUCAAAUUUUUUCGUACCCUUUCGUCUCUAUGAAAUGUUUCGCAAGGGCAGUUGUGAAUUAGCCUUGAAAUGUGCCACUCCACUGGAUGCAGAAAAGUGGAAAGUUGCGAUAUUGGAAUCAAUGACUGGAUCAGGUCGUGUUUGGCUUGAGCCGCAUCCGUACGGCUCAACAUUCCCAUCACGAAAGAAACAGUUUUGUCAAUGGUUUGUUGACGGUCAAAAGUAUAUGGAACACGCCGCCAAUAUGAUGGAGUUAGCUCGAGAGGAGAUCUUCAUCGCAGAUUGGUGGUUGUCACCUGAACUUUAUUUGAAGCGACCAAUGAUCGAAGGAAAUCGAUGGAGACUGGAUGAACUGUUGAGGCAAGAUUUUCACCCACAAACGAGAAAUUACCAAUUUCAGCGGAAAGCUGAGCAAGGAGUACGAAUUUUUGUAUUGUUGUAUAAGGAAAUGGAGAUAGCAAUGGAUUUGAAAAGUUUGUAUACAAAACAAACAUUGGAAGGACUGCAUGAAAACAUCAAGGUUUGCUCUGGUUCACUGUCGGUGAUGCGACAUCGCCCAUCACAUACAUUCUUGUGGUCACAUCACGAGAAGUUGGUGAUAGUUGAUCAGUUGAUUGCGUUCGUCGGGGGUGUAGAUUUGUGUUAUGGACGAUGGGAUGAUUGCAGACAUAAGUUGACGGAUCUGGGAUCUGUUGAGCACGGCACAUCGCAUGCGAUAAAUACGAACAAGACUUUUGUUAUGGACGAGGAAGUGCCCAGUGAAAAGGACGUGAACGCAAACAGUUUGGAAAGCCGAAACUUGGAGACUAUCGCAAAAUCAUCAUCUGGAAUUCGGGAAAUCUCCAGAAAUGAGGAAGAUUCGAGGAAUCUGAAUCAGAAUGAGAGUCAACAACCAGUAGCGACAACAUCGACAACCACAGCUACAAAACCGUUAGCAGUUAAUGCUCAAAGUGAUGGUAGUCAGAGACUAUCAGUACCAACAACAUCAGCUAAUACAGAUGAACAACAACCAAAUAGAAACGCGAAAAGAUUUUUGUCAGCGAUUAGACGCUCGUACACGUUAAUACCUCGUCGAUUGCGAGAUCAUUCGGAUUUGCGACCAACCGAAAUGUUCGCGAUGAACGCGAAACACAUGGACAGCAAAUACAAGGGGAGCGUAGAAACUGGUGAGGAUUUUGAGAAAAAGCGACGCGCCGACUGUAAAUCACCACCAGUGCAAAAGAGACACAGUCUAUUGUAUCGCAUGACACAUCCAUCUAAAAAGAAACAUUGGUGGAAAAGAGUCCGAGAGGAGACCGAUUUUAUCGAUCGUGGAUGUACACCGCGCAUGCCUUGGCACGAUAUACAUGCGGUUACAUAUGGAGAUAGUGCCCGAGAUCUGGCACGUCAUUUCAUACAGCGGUGGAAUGCUACCAAGACGGAAAAAUCGAAAGAUGAGAAAGACUAUCCAUUUUUGUUACCAAAAUCUUACGAUACAAUAAAAGUACCUCGCGUCCUGCAAACCAUCAGUGAAUGCGCUGAUGUUCAAGUGCUAAGAUCUGUCUCAAAUUGGUCAGCUCUAAUCGAUGACACUGAAGACAGCAUACAGCGGGCAUACGUCUCGUUGAUUGCAACCUCAAAACAUUGUAUUUAUAUUGAAAAUCAGUUUUUUAUAUCAUUAAUAAAAAGUAAAGAAGUUGUUAAUGAGAUUUGUCGAGAGCUCUGCAACCGAAUCAAACGAGCUUAUGAUGAUAAUCAAAAGUUCCGUGUAUAUAUAGUAUUGCCUUUGUUACCCGCAUUCGAAGGCGAUGUCGGUGCACCGGGUGGAUCGGCUCUGCAGGCAGUACUGCAUUGGACGUUUCUAUCGUUGUCUAAGGGAAAGCAUUCACUGAUUGAAAAACUCAAGAACUAUGUCCCAGAUCCAAUGAAAUAUAUAAAAAUUUGCUCAUUAAGGACAUGGGAUGUUUUAGGUGGCAAAUUGGUCAACGAAUUAGUCUAUGUUCAUUCUAAAUGUAUGAUUGUUGAUGAUAAAUAUACUAUAAUUGGUUCAGCGAACAUCAAUGAUCGUUCACAAUGUGGGGAUCGAGAUUCGGAAGUGUGUAUUGUUGUGAAAGACUGUGAAUUUGUGGAUUCAAAAAUGAAUGGACAGCCCUAUAAAGCGGGUAAAUAUGCGCUCAGCCUUCGUAAACAUCUUAUGAGCGUUGGUUUUGUCUUCAUUCGAAAAUUUUAUUGUUCCAUCGAGUAG